AUGGAGAGAGUAUUAUGGCAGGGAGCAGCAGAAAUGAAUGGAUUAUGCCAUGGCACUGACGGAGCAAAUGGACAGCAGCAGAAGUUACUGAAUGUCGACUCGGGUCGGGGCCAGAGCGAACAGAUGGCAGCAGCACUGAACUUUGUGUGGUGGAAAGCAGCACAUAGUUUUCUUAUUAACACAUACCAGCAAGUACAUGCCCUGAUAUUUGGCAUUGAUGAAAUUAACCAGAAUCCUAAAAUAUUACCAAAUACUACCCUGGGAUUCCAUAUUUAUGAAUCCUGCUACUCUGAGGUCAGAGCUGUUGAGGGCACCCUAUGGAUGUUAUCAGGAAUGAAUGAGAUGAUCCCAAACUACAGAUGUCAGUCAAAGUCCCAACUUUCAGCAAUGAUUGGGGAUGAAGCUUCAGCAUCAUCAGCCCCCAUUGCAAGGAUUUUAGGAAUUUAUAUGUUUCCACAGAUAAGCUAUGGAGCAGUCAUUCCUUUCUUGAGUGAUAAGAAAGAAUUCCCUUCAUUCUCGCGAACUGUGUCAAAUUUCAACUUCUAUAUAAUCGGAAUUACCCAUGUGGCAAUGCACUUUGGCUGGACCUGGGUUGGAAUUAUAUCAUCCGAUGAUGACAUUGGUCAGAUGGGGAGCAAAGAAUUAAAAAGGGUCAUGACUAUGGCAGGUGCAUGUAUAAGUUUUUUAGAGACUUUUCCAAAAAACAACCCAAACAAAGUUGUGGAAAUUAUUGAGAUAAUGAAAAGAUCAUCAGCUAAAGUGGUUGUAGUGUAUGUCAGUAAAGGGACAUUAGUUCCAAUUAUGCAACAAAUAGCAGCGCACAAUAUCACAGAGAAGGUCUGGAUAAUAGAGCAUGCAUGUACUGUAUCUGGGGAGAUUGUCAGCAGAGAUAUGAUGGAAACAAUGAAUGGUUCAAUUGGAAUUGCACUUCACACAAGACGUAUCUCAGGAUUUCUAGAAUACCUUUAUGGUCUUCAUCCUAAUGCACAUCCUGAUGACAUCUUUAUUGAAUCAUUUUGGGAAAAAGCUUUUGGCUGCACAUGGAUAAACAACAGAUCCCUGCUACUUAUGGAAAUACUGGGACAAAAUGGAAGUCAAUCAAUAUGCUCAGGUGCUGAAAAGCUUGAAAAGCUACCCGCAACAUUGUUUGAUAUCUAUUCUUCCAUACUUUCCAGCCGAGCUUAUGAUGCUGCAUAUACUGUUGCUAAUGCAUUGCAUGACAUGUCUUCAUGUCAGUUGCAGAGGGGUCCUUUUAGGAAUGCAACCUGCACAGACAUUUCUGCCUUUCAGCCAUGGCAGCUUCUUUACUAUAUAAGAAAUGUCCACUUUAAAACUGAGGAAGGAAAUGACAUUUUCUUUGAUGCUAAUGGAGAUCCGCCUGCUGUGUAUGAUAUCAUAAACCAGCAAAUAGCAACAGAUGGUACAAAGAAAUGUGUAAAUGUUGGAUAUUUUGACUAUCGCUAUCCUUUGGGGAAACAAGUUGACAUCAAUGAUAAAGCCAUCAAAUGGAAUGGAGCAUUCAAUGAGGUCCCACACUCUUUGUGCAGUGAGAGUUGUUUGCCUGGUUAUCGAAAAUCUACUCAAAAGGGUCAGCCAGUCUGCUGUUUUGAUUGUGUUCCCUGUUCUGAAGGAGAAAUGUCCAACCAAACAGAUCUUGUUCUGUGCUUCAAAUGCCCUAAGAGUCACUGGUCCAGUGGCAACAAAGACAAAUGCAUCCCUCGACUUACUGAGUUUCUUUCUUAUGAAGACCCUCUGGGUAUAACAUUCACAACCAUUUCUACUGCCUGUUCUUUGCUUACUGUUUCUAUACUAUGUGUAUUUAUUAAGCACCGCAACACUCCAAUUGUCAAGGCAAACAAUCGUGAACUCAGCUACCUUCUGCUUGUUUCAUUGACAUUAUGCAGCCUCUGUUCUUUGUUAUUCAUUGGUCAUCCUAUAACAGCUACAUGCAUGCUACGUCAGGUUGUUUUUAGCAUUGUUUUCUCUUUCUCUAUUGCCUGUGUGCUGGCAAAGACAAUCACUGUAGUAAUUGCUUUCAGUGCAACAAAACCAGAAAGCAAACUAAAGAAAUGGGUGGGUCCUAGUAUUCCUGUCUAUGUACACAUUUUCUGUUCAGUAAUUCAGGUUAUGAUAGGGAUAGUAUGGCUAAUUACCUCACCACCAUAUGUAGAGCAUAAUGUAAAAUCUACAAAAGAUAAGAUAAUAGUUGAAUGCAAUGAGGGCUCUAUAAUCAUGUUCUACUGCAUGCUGGGAUACUUGGGCCUUUUGGCAAGUAUUAGCUUUAUAGCUGCUUUUCUAUCAAGAAAAUUACCAGAUAGCUUUAAUGAAGCCAAAUAUAUUACAUUUAGCAUGUUAGCAUUUACUAGUGUCUGGGUAUCUUUCAUUCCUGCAUACUUUAGUGCCAAGGGAUCAUAUCUGGUUGCCACAGAGAUAUUUGCUAUCUUGUCUUCCAGUGCAGCACUGAUAUGCAGUAUAUUUAUUCCAAAGUGUUAUAUCAUUAUUCUGAGACCAGAUAUGAACACAAAAGGUUACUUAAUGGGAAAUAAAAAUGUGCACACCUUGCAGUGAACAA